GUGUUCGCUGCCAUUUUCUGAUAAGUAAAUUUUGAGAGGAAAAAGCUUUAUUACAAAAAGCAUCAUGCCUGACAUGAUCAAGUCGCCCGCGGAUAUCAAAACGGCGCCUUAUGAUCCGCGCUUCCCUAACCAGAAUCAGACAAGACAUUGUUUCCAAAGCUAUCUGGACUUCCACCGUUGCCAGAAAGUCCGCGGCGAGAAAUACGAGCCUUGCCAGUAUUUCAAGAAAGUUUACACGUCUCUAUGCCCGAACGCAUGGAUUGAAAACUGGGACACACAGCGAGCCGAGGGCACAUUCCCAGGCAAAAUCUAAAUGUUCCAAAGCUU